AUGGCGCCCUCCUCCGCCCUUCCCCCGGGUUGCAGGUUCGACCCACACGAUGCCGACCUCAUCUCCGCCUACCUCCGCCCCAUGAUCGCGGGCGAGCGCCUCCCUGAACCAGCCGCCAGCUUCCUGCACUCGGCCGACGUCUACGCCGCCGAUCCGGCCACGCUCGUCGCCGGACACCUGCCCGCGGUCCUGGUGUCGCCCAGGACCGGCGACGAGAGGCGCUACUGGUACUUCUUCGGCUCCGCCAAGGCCAGGUCCGGGCGCGACAGGCGCAGGUCCCGAGUCGUCGGCGACGGCAAGGGCCAGUGGCACUCCGAGAAGGGCAGGAAGGUUGUUUCCGACGAGCAGGGACGAAACAUCGGAGGAUACAAGCAGGAGUUCACCUAUAAGCCCACCAACGCCGACGGAUCUGGAACGGAGGUCUGGCUCAUGGUUGAGUUCGGUGUGGAUCAAGACGAUGAUGAGACCGGCAAAUCCAUCCCCACUCUUUGCAAGAUCUAUCGAAGCCCGCGUAAGCCCAGAUCAUCUACCCCGAUUUCGUCCACAUCAUCAACACGGAUGAGGAAGAGGAAGGCUGGAGAUACGCCAUUGCCAGCACCAUCUCCUGUGAGGCGGCGACUGCUUGUUUCCCCUGCGGCACCAAUUUUGCCGCCGCCCGUACAGACACAGCCAGACUUGAGCAACGACUUGGAUGGCGUCUCCUGGGACGAGCUUCUUCAAGAUCUCAUGUCCGGCCUCACACCCGACCAUGUCCUGGGCGACAUGUUGACGCCUGUCCCUGAAUCAAAUGCCAAUUGCAGCUUCUACAUGGCCGAUCACAAUUCUGAUCAAGUCCUUCUGGGUGACCUGUUCAUGCCUGUCCCUGAAUCAGAGAUCAAUUACAGCUUCUCCAUGUCCGACCAUACCGGUUCCACGGUGAGCGUGAGCACCUAUCCCUAUGACAACAUGGUCCUCCAUGGUGCUUCAGUCACGCCCUUCUCUGAGAUUUCUGAUCAAGCCGACUUCUUCAUGCCAGUCUUCGAACCACAACAACCCGUUAUUGAGUCGCAGGGCCAUAGUACAAUGCUAAAUUGCAGCUUCCUGCCGUGUGCCCCAAAUGCUGGCAUUUCUGGUUCUUGGACAGGAGGCGACACCACGGACGAUGAAGUGGCCUCGAUCAAUUGGUAUGGUUCUGCUCCAAGCUCACCGGUGACUCCAACCGAGUGGAUGAUGCAAUCAGCAUUUGCCAGCACAUAUCAGUUCUGA